AUGAUCAUUCACGAGAAAUAUGAACCUGUAAGCAAAAGGAACAACCUGGCCUUGCUGAAGCUUUCGGAACCAUUGAAGCUAUCCAGGAAUAUUGAGGAAGCCCCGCUGGCCGGCAUCGUCCCGAAGGUUAACUCACUAGCCAAGGUGGCUACUUGGCGCAAAUCAAUUUUCUUUUAUCAUCUUUCCGUCAUUGAGGAAGCUAUCAUUAGCAAAGACGAAUGCUCGAAGGCAUUAGACAAUAGUGCUUUACAAGCUGCCCUUGCUACUGAGACGAUUUGUGCCCAAAACAAAAUCUUAGGCGCCUGCGACAAGGACUUAGGAGCGCCCUUGAUUUCCAGAGGACAACUGGCUGGAAUACUUACCAACCCAAGCUGCUCCUCGAAGCCGGAUGUCUAUACGAGUGUGGUACAAUACAAAACUUGGCUGGAGGCGAAUACUGAGUAA